ACUACACCCACUGCCAUCGCUGACCUCCGGUUGCAGCUAGCAUGGAUGCUUCGUGCACCGUCGGAGUGUCCGAAGCCAAUUGCCUCCCGGCCUAUCUACACGUGUGAUCCUGCCUUGCGUCGCUUGCUAUCACAUCACAGAUAACGAUGCCGGGACAGCACGAUAUAAACCGGCUGCUGCGCUUCAGUAGACCUCCGCCUCGAUCGGUCAGCCAAAAUCACAUUGUCAGCUGAAGCACGCGACCAUGAAGGGAACUGCCUCCGUCUUGCUCGUCGCUCUCUCCGCCACGGCCGUCCAGGCCCGUCCGGUGGUCGAUGAACGGUAUCCCUACACCGGCCCUGCCGUCCCGGUCGGCGACUGGGUUGAUCCCACCAUCAAUGGCAACGGAAAGGGAUUCCCCCGCCUGGUCGAGCCGCCGGCUGUCAAGCCCGCCACUGCCAACCCCCGGAACAACGUGAAUGUCAUUUCUCACUCGUACCUCCCCACGGGUAUGCACAUUCACUACCAGACCCCCUUCGGACUAGGCAAGUUGCCCGCCGUCAAGUGGGGCAAGAAUCCCCAGAACCUGAACAACACUGCGCUGGGGUACUCCCACACGUACGACCGCACGCCGUCAUGCUCAGAAAUCAAGGCUGUCACCCAAUGCAGUCAGUUCUUCCACGAAGUCGGCCUCAAUGAUUUGGAGCCCGACACCACCUACUACUAUCAGAUUCCCGCUGCCAACGGCACCACACAGUCGGAUGUCCUGAGCUUCAAGACUAGUCGUCCCGCUGGCCAUCCCGGCUCUUUUAGCGUCGCGGUGCUGAAUGACAUGGGAUAUACCAAUGCCAAGGGUACCCACAAGCAGCUGCAAAAGGCGGCCCACGAGGGAACGGCGUUUGCGUGGCACGGUGGUGACAUCAGUUACGCCGAUGACUGGUACUCCGGUAUCCUCCCUUGUGCAGAUGAUUGGCCCGUGUGCUACAACGGUACCAGCUCUUCUCUACCGGGAGGUGGUCCUCUCCCAGACGACUACAAGAAGCCUCUGCCCGCGGGCGAGAUCCCGGACCAGGGUGGCCCGCAGGGUGGUGACAUGAGCGUGCUGUACGAGUCCAACUGGGAUCUCUGGCAAAACUGGCUGAACAACGUCACCCUCAAGCUCCCGUACAUGGUCCUCCCCGGUAACCACGAGGCCUCGUGCGCCGAGUUCGACGGUCCUGGCAACGUCCUGACGGCCUAUCUCAAUAACGACGUCUCAAACGGGACCGCCCCCACCGACAACCUGACCUACUAUAGUUGCCCGCCUUCCCAGAGAAACUUCACUGCGUACCAGCACCGCUUCCGCAUGCCUGGUCCCGAGACCGGAGGUGUCGGUAACUUCUGGUACUCGUUCGACUACGGGUUGGCCCACUUCGUCUCGAUCGACGGUGAGACCGACUUUGCCAACAGCCCCGAGUGGAACUUCCAGGAAGAUGUCAAGGGAAAUGAAACCCUGCCCACGGAGAGCGAAACCUAUGUGACCGACAGUGGUCCGUUCGGCAAGGUCAACGGCAGCGUCCAUGAUACCAAGGCCUACGAGCAGUGGCACUGGCUGAAGCAGGACUUGGCCAAGGUCGACCGCAGCAAGACCCCGUGGGUUUUUGUGAUGAGCCACCGGCCCAUGUACAGUUCCGCCUACUCUUCUUACCAGUUGCAUGUUCGCGAGGCAUUCGAGGGUCUGCUGCUCCAGUACGGCGUCGACGCCUACUUUUCUGGUCACAUCCACUGGUACGAACGUCUUUGGCCCCUCGGCCGCAACGGCACGAUCGACACUGCCGCCAUCGUCAACAACAACACCUACUACGCCCACAACCACAAGUCCGUGACCCACAUUAUCAACGGCAUGGCCGGCAACAUCGAAAGCCACAGCGAAUUCAGCGACGGUCAGGGCCUCACCAACAUCACUGCUUUGUUGGACAAGGUCCACUACGGCUUCAGCAAGCUGACCAUUUACAACGAAACCGCCGUGAAGUGGGAGUUGAUUCGCGGCAAGGACGGAGGUGUCGGCGAUGAACUCACCCUUCUAAAGCCUCGUGCUGGUGCGAACUUGCAUUAAGUUCUUAGCCUGCAGCAUGAUUUGAUCUCGACGUCUGCGACGAUAUGCAAGAUAUGAUGGGAAGAACAUGAUGGAUGGAUAUGUGUAACUACGACUGAGGAUGUGUAUGUAUGUAUGUACAUGACAAAAGUACUCGAUACACCUAGUAUAUGUUUGAUUCACUUUACUUGGCUGUCUACCU